CACCGUGUUCGGGCAGCAUUAGCGUUGAUAUUUCCCGAAGUACGGGUCAUCUUUUCCAUCAUCGCACUGGCUGAUGUGUGAUGUAAAUUGUGCUACACCAAAUUGGCAAAAAUUGCGUGUCCCAAAAUGUGCUGUGCGUUUUAGCAAGUGCAGAGUGCAUCGUUUAUCGUAUAUCUGGUGGUGCGCGAUUGGCAUUGAAAAGCAGUGGCAGUGCGCGCGUGGAGCACCAUCGUGUCAUAACUUUUGUUGAUGAAGAACCAACUCGGUCGACACCAGCAGCGAGAGAAAAGAUCAAAAUAACCCGGAUCUGACGCCGUGUUAAAGUUCGCCCAGCAACAGUGUAACACACACACACGGUCGGGCGUAUAAAUGACGAAUACGUUUUAAGCACGUUUUGAACUCCCACGAACCACGAACAGAAAGAGAAGUGUGUGUGUAACUUAAAAAAGAAACCGCUUUAGUGCAAAUUUUUAGAUAGAAAAUAAAUCUAGUGUAUAGUAAUAGUAGUAGUAGGGUAAAAGCGCGCUCGUUCGUGUCCCCGUUUCAAAAUAGUUAAAAUAGAGUGCGCAAAAAAACGAAAAACACAGCCAAAAGCAUGGAGGCAAGACCGGUGCAGGUCGUGGAGACGAGCGAAGAUCACAGCUUUCUGCUGAACGAGGAGGCACUGUCGGAAAUUCUGCUGCAGGACAGCAUCAAAGACCGGGCGAUCGUGGUCGUCUCGGUGGCCGGUGCCUUCCGGAAGGGCAAAAGCUUCCUGCUGGACUUUUUCCUCCGCUACAUGUACGCCAAGUAUGUGCAUCAUCAGAGCGUGCUGGAGUGGCUGGGCGAUGAGAGCGAACCACUGUCCGGGUUUUCGUGGCGCGGUGGCAGCGAGCGUGACACAACGGGCAUCCUGAUGUGGUCCGACAUUUUCCUCCACGACAGAGCCAAUGGCGAGAAGCUGGCAAUUAUACUGAUGGACACACAAGGCGCCUUUGACAGCCAGAGUACCGUGCGGGACUGUGCAACCGUGUUCGCCCUCAGCACCAUGCUAUCCUCCGUGCAGAUUUACAACCUCUCACAGAACAUACAGGAAGAUGAUCUGCAACAUCUACAGCUCUUCACAGAGUACGGCCGGCUCGCGUUGGCCGACUCGGGCAAGAAGCCGUUCCAGCGGCUACAGUUUCUCGUGCGCGACUGGAGCUUCCCGUACGAGGCCGAGUACGGUGCGCUCGGCGGUCAGCUGAUCCUGCAGCGACGGCUGGAGGUGUCGGACAAGCAGCACCCGGAGCUGCAAUCGCUGCGGCGCCACAUCACGUCCUGCUUCUCCGAGAUCGCCUGCUUCCUGAUGCCCCACCCGGGCCUGACGGUCGCCACCAAUCCGAGCUUCGACGGCCGCCUGUCCGACAUUACGCCCGAGUUUAAGAAGAGCCUGCGCGAGCUGGUCCCGAUGCUGCUGGCGCCGGAAAAUCUGAUCGUGAAGGAAAUCAACGGCCAGCGGGUGAAGGCCCGGGAUCUGGUGCAGUACUUCAAAUCGUACAUGGCCAUCUACAAGGGCAACGAGCUGCCGGAGCCGAAAAGCAUGCUGGUGGCGACGGCGGAAGCGAACAACCUGACGGCGGUCGCCGCAGCGAAGGAAAUCUACACGCAGCUGAUGGAGGAUGUGUGCGGGGGCACCAAACCGUACCUCAGCACGGCCCACCUGGACUCGGAGCACAGCCGCAUCAAGGAGAAGGCGUUGCAUCAGUUUUCGUCCAAGCGAAAAAUGGGCGGCGAAGAGUUUUCGGAAAAGUAUCGGGAAAAGUUGGAACAGGAUCUGGACGAAACGUUCGUCACGUUCCGGGCGCACAACGAGAGCAAGAACAUCUUCAAAGCCGCCCGCACGCCCGCCGUCUACUUCGUGAUCGCGAUGGUAAUGUACAUCAUGAGCGGCAUCUUCGGGCUGGUCGGGCUGUACACGUUUGCCAACUUUGCCAACCUGAUCAUGGGCGUUGCGCUGAUCACGCUAGGCACGUGGGCCUACAUCAGGUAUAGCGGCGAGCUGAGCGACUUUGGCGUACGGUUAGACGAGAUCGCGAACCUGCUGUGGGAAAAUAUGAUGAAACCAAUCUACCAGUCAUGCAUGGAGAAGGGCAUCCAGCACGUGGCGACGCACGCGACCGAGUACGCGAUCAGCGGCGGCAAUGCGGGCGGCGGCCGUCAGCUGAACGGCAAGGUGAAGCACUCUUGAGAGUACGCUUCCAGCCGAUGGCAGGUAGCGACGACGACGACGCCGCCGCCACCACCGCCAACCAACAGCAGCAGCAGCUGGUACGGCAGCUGGCCCUGGCGAUGGUCCUGGCGGUAUCGUGAGGUGGAGACGCCCGCUGCUGCUGCUGCUGCUAUAGAACCGACGAACAACAACGCACCCGAUCGGACGUCCGCGUACUGUGUGGCGUCAUCUACCGCGGGUGACCGUAAAGCAACGAUCCUGCUCCACCGAGGAACCACCUUCAGCAAUAGCAACGGCAACAAAAACACCAACACCACCAACAAUAGCCUGAAUAGCAGCAGAAGCCAUAGCAGCAGCUUGUUGGGCAGCGACAGCGACAGCAGUAGUGAUAGUGGCAAUGGACCCGCCGUCCCCAGCGACGGCGGCACUAGGUUUAGUAAAUUUAUCAGUAGCAUUAAGUACGCCUUUGGUAGCAACGCUGCUGGUGGUGGGUGCGGUACGCAACAGAACGCCAGGACCAACGAGCUGCUGAGAGCUGGCGAUAUUCACGAAAGAAGCAGCAGCAGCAGCAGAAACAGCAGCACGAGACCACUGGUGAUCAAAUCGACGUCCGUCAUGAAGCGAGCGACCGGCGGUGGUGGCUGCUCGAACGAACAAUUCACCGAUUGCACCAAGCGGGGACGCCACAAAGUACCGACGGCGGGGGUUGCAGCACCACCCACGGCAAAUGGAAUACGCAACAACAACAACAACAGCCGGCGCACAUAAGAAAAAGGUUUUGGAAGGGUCGCGCGCCUCGCGUUCUCUUUUGCUCUGAAGUGUUGUCCCUCAGAUCCCUAUCAAACCUUCCCUUUUGAGUAAACGAAAAACGAACACAUGAACACUCUAGCGAGAAAAAAAAGGAAUUUUGCUCAGCUUCUAAACCCUCUCCCUUCCCUCCCUUGCCCCGUGUUAGACACACCCACUUUAUAUUACUUGUUGAAGAUCGGAUCGCGGAGUGGGGCCGUUUCUGUCCUCCGUCGUUCGAUCAUGCAUCUUGGCGCGGCGUUUUGUUUACGGUUACGUUACUUUGUUGAACUCUUUACAUUUGUUAAAUAUGCGCUAUUUGUUUUAUACACACACGCCCACACACACACACGCGCGCGCGCGCGCGCUCUAUUUACAUACUGCAUUUUUGUGGAGCCCCAGCACAGCAGCGUCGUGAAAGCGGAAUUAAUGUGCAGUCAGGAGAGCGCAGCUUAGAACGAUUGAGAUAUAGUGUUAUUGUGCCAAACGUUGUGGUAAUAUUACGGUGUUACACGGUUACUAAAAACAUGUGAAAUGAAUUAGAACAGAGCGGUUUGUUUACACACAAAAAAGCUCUCCUAUUUGGCGGGCGUUUGUCUUUUGGUCAAAUCAAAACCACACACAGCAUCGUACGCUCAAAAAUUUUGGAUAAAAGCAGAAAGUGAAGCAAACGCCCCGCAUGCAGUCCUUUGGCGAGCGCCCUUUGCAUUGCAAAUUCUCUUCUGCGCAUAUAGCAUUAUAGUGUAUUCUUUUAAAUAACUCUUGCCAACAACAACCACACACACAUACACGGAACAAGGAACAUGAAAUAUGAAUAACAAUCGAGGCAAAACAAAGCAUCGAGCUUUUUCGAACUAUUAUGAAACACAAAAAUCCACAAUUACGUACCGGCGGUGAGGAAAAAAACACACACAGAGAUAACUGCAUAGCAGCAUCAUCAGUGUGUGUAUCGAAACACAAAGGAAAGGAAGAUGCAAAACAGGGGAAACGGAUUUACCCGCAAAGAUCACAAUCAUCAGCGGGCGCUCGCGCCAUCGCCAUUCACGAAAUGUGUUUCUUUUUGUUUGUUUUUUUGAUUUUGAUAAGAAUUUAUAUAUGUUUGUUCUGUUAUAUUAUGCGUAAUAUUUGUUUUGUUAGUAGAACGGAUACCGGAAAGCGAGGUGCAAAGCAAUGUAAAAGCAGUUUAAAAACAAAUUCUCUUGUACAUAUAUAUAAAACCAUAUACCUAGUGUACUGGGCCGACCCGCCUCUGUUGCUCUGUUUGUGUGUGUGUCAAUCGUCGAUCGUCGGCAACGUGUAAAAGUCGAAGAAAGAAACAAACAAUAACCCCCCUUUUUUUUCUUUUCAAGUACUUUACUAGUACUACUGUACAAAAAGCUGUUAUUGGUUUUGGUUUUCGUUUUCUAAAUAUUACCCUUUUAAACCCACUUUCAAACAACAACAACAACAACACCAACGGUUUCGAAUUGGUCUGAUUAAUGCGCUUUUUGCUGUAAUUGUGUCAAGGUGACAAAAAUGUGUAAUUUUGACUUUUUUUCUGCGAACACAACACCAUCCUAUUUAUGCAUCUCUCUCUCUCUCUUUCUCUCUCUAACGCUAGCAGUUCAGCAGUAUAGUUUAGUUAGCUAGGACACACAGUGCAACAGCAACAAAGAAAAAUGGAAGAAUGUAAGCUGAGGUGAAUUUUAUUUCGAUUGCGACACGGUAUAAUGUGACUGAAAAUUUUUCGUGCUCUCACUCGCAAAAAUAUCAUUUGAUUGUUUAAAUAAAGAUUUACCACCUUUUAUCGAUUGUCAAAAA